AUGAUAAUAGGUGCUGGAAAAUUAGCCAAAUUUACUGAUGGAUGUGCAACGGUUACGUUCAAGGAUACUACAGUUAUGGCAACUGCUGUCAGUAGUGACAAAGGUGGAAUGUAUUCUGGUUUUGUACCCUUAACUGUUUCUUUUCAACAGAAAGCAGCUGCUCUGGGAAGGAUCCCAUUAAAUUUUUUGAGAAGAGAAUUAGGACAAAAUGAAAAUGAAAUUUUAAUAUCUAGAAUGAUUGAUAGAUCUCUCAGGCCAUUAUUUCCUGCUAAUUUUAAUAAUGAAACUCAAAUCGUUUGUAAUCCACUGGCAAUGGAUGGUGAAAAUUUUCCUGAUGUUCUGUCAAUAAAUGCUGCUUCUGCUGCCUUAGCUGUAUCAAACAUUCCUUGGAAUGGACCAGUUGGAGCAGUAAGAGUAGGUUUGGUUGAUGAUAAUAUUAUUAUUAAUCCAGAUAAAAAUUUAUUAAGUAAAAGUUCAUUAAAUUUAGUUGUUGUUAGUAAAGCGAAACAUUAUGUUGUAAUGCUAGAGGGUUCAUGUUCAAACAUAUUAUUAAACGAUUUACUAAGAGCUAUUAAAAAAGGAGUUUCGGAGUGUCAAAAAAUAAUUAUUUCUAUAGAACACCUUGCUAGCUUAUGUGGAAAACCUAAAAAAGAAGUUAAUAUUAGUGAAAUUAAUGAAGAAUUAUACCAAAGUAUUCAAAUGCUUGCAUCUGAGCCUUUAAAUAAAAUAUUUCAAAAUAGUAUCCAUGAUAAAUUAUCUAGGGAUACUGCUAUAUCUGAAGUGAGGACCCUUAUUGAAAAAAAAUUUAGUGAUAAAUGUGAAAAUUUUAAUCAAAUUUUUAGUUUAGUUUGUAAGGAAGUGUUUAGAAAUUAUAUAUUAAUAAACAAUAUUAGAUGUGAUGGAAGAUUACCUGUCGAAUUGAGAAAUAUCGAAUGCGAAUCAAAUUUAUUUAAACCUUUGCACGGUUCAGCUUUAUUUCAAAGAGGGCAAACUCAAGUUUUUUGCACAGUAGCCUUGGAUUCCCCAAGUUCAGCUUUAAAAAUGGAUAGAAUAUCAAUGCUAACAAGUGGUUUAAAAGAGAAAAAUUUUUUCGUACACUAUGAAUUUCCACCUUUUGCCACAAAAGAAAUUGGUAAAUUAGGACCCAUUGGUAGAAGGGAAAUUGGACAUGGUUCGUUGGCAGAAAAAGCAUUGAAAGCAAACAUACCAGAAAAUUUUCCAUUUACAAUUCGUUUGACUUCCGAAGUACUGGAAAGUAAUGGCUCAUCUUCAAUGGCUACCGUUUGCGGAGGAACGUUAGCCCUUUUAGAUGCCGGUGUGCCUUUAAUCAAAGAAUGUGCAGGCGUUGCCAUGGGGGUGGUAACCAAAUGGGAUGAUGACAAAUCAGGAAUUAUCGAUUAUGUGAUACUGACUGAUAUACUGGGAAUCGAAGAUUAUUUCGGUGACAUGGAUAUGAAAGUAGCCGGAACGAAAAAUCAUAUAACUGCCAUUCAAAUGGAUGUCAAAACUCCCGGAUUACCAAUUAAAAUAGUCAUGGAAAGCAUAACGCAAGCCAAACAAGCCAUAUCCACAACAUUGACUCGAAUGUUUAAAGAUGUCGAUUUGCAAAAGAAAGUUAAGAAAGAUAAUUGGCCGGUGAUAGAAAAAUUAAACGUACCUGUAAACCAAAGAGCCAAAUUUAUCGGACCGGGUGGUAUAAAUAUAAAAAAUUUCGAAAUGAAAACCGGAGUCGAAAUAACGGAAGAAAAUCUCGGAGAAUUUCAAAUAUUUGCCGCGAAUAAGGAAGCUUUAAACGAAGCAAUGAAAAUAAUAAAUGAAAAAAUUAAUAGUCAAAAAGAGCCGGUUUUAGAAUUUGGCGCCAUUUACACGGCGACAAUAACGGAAAUAAGAGAACAUGGAUGCAUGGUUAUUUUAUAUCCGGCGAUGCAACCGGUUUUGAUACCCGUCACUCAAUUGGAUCACAAAAAGGUUUCACAUCCGAGUGCUUUAAAUUUAAAAGUAGGAGAUCAAUUUAAAGUAAAAUAUUUCGGAAGGGAUCCCAUAUCGGGUUACAUGAGACUAUCGAGGAAAGUGUUGCACUCACCGCCUUCUAACGUAGCUCAAAAUUUUUUCGAAACCAAUUCUUAA